AGUGGGCCGCGGCUGGGCCGCCGGGGCAGUCUAGGGGCGCCGCGGUGGGCCUCGGGGCCUUUGGGGCCGUGGGCUUUUGCUGCCGCCCGCCCCUUCCGGCUCCUCCCUGUAGUGCAAAGGGCACGUGAGCGAGGCGCCCGAAGCCGUCGCGGCGGGGACCAUGUUGCUUCCGAACAUCCUGCUCACCGGUACACCAGGGGUUGGAAAAACCACACUAGGCAAAGAACUUGCGUCAAAAUCAGGACUGAAAUACAUUAAUGUGGGUGAUUUAGCUCGAGAAGAGCAAUUGUAUGAUGGCUAUGAUGAAGAGUAUGACUGUCCCAUUUUAGAUGAAGACAGAGUAGUUGAUGAGUUAGAUAACCAAAUGAGAGAAGGUGGAGUUAUUGUUGAUUACCAUGGUUGUGAUUUCUUCCCUGAACGCUGGUUUCAUAUAGUUUUUGUGCUGAGAACAGAUACCAAUGUAUUGUACGAAAGACUUGAAACAAGGGGUUAUAAUGAGAAGAAACUAACAGACAAUAUUCAGUGUGAGAUUUUUCAAGUUCUUUAUGAAGAAGCCACAGCAUCCUACAAGGAAGAGAUCGUGCAUCAGCUGCCCAGUAAUAAACCAGAAGAGCUAGAAAAUAAUGUAGAUCAGAUCUUGAAAUGGAUUGAGCAGUGGAUCAAAGAUCAUAACUCUUAACUUAUAAGGCUAGCUACUUAAUAAUCACUCUUGUUGAUAUCUCUGCCGACAUCAUAGAAAUUGUUCAAGUGUCAGUAACACUUUAUUAAAAUCAUGUUGCAGAACCAGCAGGUGGAUAGUAUAUAGGUUUAUGCCUGUGUUUGUUUUUCUCCAUGAGAAAGCUAAACAUGAAAUAUAAUGAAUAUAGUAUUAUUAAGGAUUGAGACAAAAACUGUGAUUUUAAUACUUAAAUUGCUAAAGAAUAAAUAAAUCUGACAAAA